CUUACUGUGCACCUACCAACACAUCACGCGUCGUCUCUAACCCUACAACCCUCUCUUCCUGUAAACGAGAAAAUAAACACGGGAGCUCCUCCUCCAUUGAAGUCACUCGCGAGCUUCCUCUUCAGUUUCCGAGUUUCGGUUUAGAGAGUUAUGGGAGAAAGCCAGGCCAUGGUUGCUGAGGGCUAUAAUGCUUCUGCUGCUACCGUGGAAUCGAAUGUUGUUGAUUCUUCUCAAUCAGUCACUAAUGUUUCUUUGGUCAAUGGGACUGGCCCUGAAGGUGGUGGUUCUGCUGCGCCAGUUGAGAAUGGGAAUGCAACGGAGAAUGUGCCUGUAACAGCUCCAGGAGCAGGGCAUGUAGACAAUGCGGACUCUGCUCUUUCACCAGAAGAGGAGCGCCUAUGGAGUAUUGUAAGGGCUAAUUCUUCAGAGUUUAAUGCUUGGACUGCCCUGAUUGAAGAAACAGAGAGGAUAGCUCAGGACAAUAUAGCAAAAAUACGGAAGGUGUAUGAUGCUUUCCUAGCUGAAUUCCCUCUGUGUUAUGGCUACUGGAAAAAGUAUGCGGAUCAUGAGGCUCGGGUGGGGGCAAUGGACAAAGUCGUGGAGGUUUAUGAAAGAGCAGUGCUGGGGGUGACAUAUUCAGUAGACAUAUGGCUGCAUUAUUGCGUUUUUGCCAUCAAUACAUAUGGGGAUCCAGACACGAUCAGAAGCCUUUUUGAACGUGCUUUGGUUUACGUUGGAACUGAUUUUCUGGUCUCUCCAUUGUGGGACAAAUACAUUGAGUACGAGCACAUGCAGCAGGCCUGGAGCCGACUUGCCAUGAUUUACACCAGAAUAUUGGAGAAUCCUAUUCAGAAUAUUGAUAGAUACUUCAGCAACUUUAAGGAACUAGCUGAAACGCGUCCUCUGUCGGAGCUAAGGAGUGCUGAGGAAUCUGAAACAGUUGCUGUUGCUAGUGAUGCGUCUGAAACUGCACCAUCUGAAUCUGAUGGAAAGGCAGAUGAAGGAAAAUCUCUAGCUGAUGGUACCUCUGAACCAUCUAAAUUGGAAAGUGCUGGUUCAACUGAUCCUGAGGAAAUGAAGAAAUUCAUUGGCGUCAGAGAAGCCAUGUAUAUCAAAGCCAAAGAGUUUGAAUCUAAGAUCAUUGGUUUUGAAAUGGCUAUAAGAAGGCCUUAUUUCCAUGUGCGGCCUCUCAAUGUAGCAGAGCUGGAGAAUUGGCAUAAUUAUCUGGACUUCAUAGAGAGCGAUGGAGACUUCAAUAAGGUGGUCAAGCUGUAUGAGAGAUGUUUAGUUGCCUGCGCAAAUUACCCUGAGUACUGGAUUCGAUAUGUAUUAAGCAUGGGAGCUAGUGGAAGUAUGGACCUUGCAGACAACGCCCUUGCUAGAGCAACUCAAGUCUUUGUCAAGAGACAACCAGAAAUCCACCUUUUUGCUGCUCGAUUAAAAGAGCAGAAAGGGGAUAUAGCUGGUGCUAGAGCUGCAUUCCAGUUACUGCACUCUGAAAUUUCUCCCGGGCUUCUUGAAGCAGUAAUUAAACAUGCAAACAUGGAACAACGACUAGGAAAUUUGGAUGAUGCUUUCUCCGUGUAUGAGCAAGUGAUUGCUGUUGAAAAAGGCAAAGAGAACUCUAUAUUACUGCCGCUGCUGUAUGCGCAGUAUUCAAGGUUCUCAUACUUGGUUUUACGUGACGCUGAGAAGGCUAGGAAGAUUAUAGUUGAAGCUCUUGACCACGUCCAGCCGUCAAAACAUUUCAUGGAAGCGCUGAUUUUUUUCGAGACCAUUCUGCCACCACCAAGAAAGAUAGAGUACCUUGACCCACUCGUUGAGAAUUUGAUAAAGCCAAAUGUAGACACCCAGAACACUCCAAGUUCCACUGAGAGAGAAGAGAUAUCGUUAAUCUAUAUAGAGUUCCUGGAUCUUUUCGGAGAUGUUGAGACCAUAAAAAAAGCGGAAGAUCGGCACUGUAAGCUCUUUUUACCUCACCGGAGCAGGUCAGAGUUGAGAAAGCGUAGCGCAGAUGAGUUUCUCUCUUCAGAUAGGACGAAAUUGGCCAAAACUUACAAUGACACUACGCCUGCUCAGCCAGUGUCCAAUGCAUAUCCAAAUGCACCGGCUCAAUGGUCCGGUGGUUAUGCUGCACAGCCUCAAGCUUGGCCACAGCCACAAGCAGCUCCUGCACAACCACAGCAGUGGAACCCUGCUUAUGGCCAGCAGCAGGCUGCGUAUGGAGCAUAUGGUGGCUAUCCCGCUGGCUAUGCUGCUCCACAAGCACCAACACCCGUGCCACAAGCCGCUGCUUAUGGCGCAUAUCCUGCUCAGGCAUACCCAGCUGCAGCUACAGCACCAGUGGCUGCCCCGGUCCAGCAACCCGCGGCUGCUGCUCCUCAAGCUUACUACAACACGUACUACUGAGUUUGUUGGUGUUACUGGUCCUUAGCCAUUUGCUCUUUAGCUACUCAAGUCAGUGUCUGACUCUUGUCUGGAUGCUUACAUGUCUCUCCCUUAGUUUUACUUUCAAGUUGCUUGGAUUUUCGCCGGUUAUGAUACAGAAUGUAAGAGACAAGUUUGAAUUAAUGGGCCGGUUAGUGCGGUUUAAUAGACAGUCAGAAUUUGCGUU